AUGUUCGCUCGGACUGUGCAUAGAGCAUUGCUCAGGCCCGUCGCCGUUGCCAGCCGCCGCAGCGUAGCAACAUUAGAAGGAAAUCCUCACAUCUAUGUCUUUCCAGACGACCGAUCAAUCAACAGCCAUAUUCUAUCUCUUCUCUCCUACGCUCCUCCCAGAGCCGAGCUUGCGGUCGGCACCACUACCAAGCUUCCCCCAACACCAGACUCGUUCACCGAGAACCACAGAUUUCUCGACAUCCUGCAAUCCGUCAUUGCACAGCAUGCAUGUGAGGAUGUGAACGUCAUAUCGCAAGCACAAGCAAUGGCCUCAACCUCCGGCUCAAGUCUCGGCUCCGGCGGAGCUUUCUUCCCACAGCAGCAGCAGAAGAGACGGGGGACAGCGUACGGCGGCGGGGGCGGGACUGGGGGGGAUGGCGCUGGGGGAGCGAGUAGCCAGGGUGGUGCUGGUGGCGGUGGACGGGGUGGCUAUAUCCACGUCUACGAUGAGAGGCAUCCACCAGACUUCGGUCGGAUACCGGACCCCGAGGAUAUCUUUGGAAGCCUUGAGGUGGAUGGGGAGGGGAAGUUUGUCGAUGGACAUGGGAGGUAUCAGAGUUCUGGGAGCUAUAGGGUUGUUACAAGAGACGGCUUGUGA